UUUCACCAAGGCGAGUUGCGUUUGGAUUGCGAUUUGGACCAAUACCGCACCGCAACAUACCCAAACCAUGACUCUAACUAAACCGCUUCCUACCAUCAUCUCUCGGAAUGCCCAGGAACAGCGGAAGCGCGUGCUUCAGCUGUUCAGAGACUGCGUCCGAGCGGCUCCUGACAUUGUAGAAAUGUACAGGCUGCCGUAUCCCGUGUGGAAGGUUCGCCAAAGGUUCCGCCGAGAAUUCGAAGCAAAUCGCUCCAUCGAGAACCAACAAGUCAUUGAUAUCCUCAUCUUCAAAGGCCGAAAUGAGCUCACUGAGACUCUUGAACAAUGGAAGCAAGAUGACCAUGUCCAGCGGUUCUUCCCAAACAACACGUACGAGCAGCCCGAGCGGAAAGUCCGACCUUUCGAGGACGACAACGGAAGAGGGAAAUAUUCUGACUUUUUGGCGGACUUUUUUGAAGGGAACUUUGCUGGCCAGCGAAGCAAAAAUUAUGCUUAGAAUACUAUGAUACUCAUGUGGGAAUGGGCACAAGUGUCCGAGAAGGACCGCUUGUAAAUAGAGGCAUAUAUGGUGAAAGACUUAUCGUACGUCCUCUUCCGAUUUAACGUUAUAUACAACACAACAUAUAUCUACAUACAUUUAUCAUACAUGCGGCGGCAGUGGUUCAUCUACUAAAUGCCAUCCAGAUACAGUUUCAUCCUCAUCUUCGGAAUUUUCC